GGAAGAAUACUAGUUGGUGUAGCCGUGUUUUUAAAAUGACAAACUGGAAAAAACACUAAAUGAUGAGGAACCUUUGUUUGAUGUGGCUAUAUCUGUUAAUACUGAGUAGUUCAAACACUUCAUGUGGUGCUUCUAUUCUUACAUUGAGCAAGAGUAUGGCAGUGAUUGGUCAGCCACUUGUCCUAAAAUACGAGAAUAUGAUGACCGUUUCAAAACGAGUUACUUUUUAUGUGGGUAGGGCUAUACAGGGAGGCUGUGAAGCCAUUUCUAUUACUAAUGGAAUAUGCGACUUUGGAUAUAGAUACAAUGUCACCAGAAUCUCUUCAAAUGUUCUCACGCUCGAGAUACCUUCAUUUGAUGCAACAGUGAAUGCUGGGUCGUGGAGAGUAGAGGAAGGGCAAGGUUUCUUUUCAAAUGUAUUGGAUUUAACAACCCCAUUUGGAACUAUCGUGACCACCUCUUCGAUCAACAUUAAGAAUUCCUUCCCCUUACAAGAACAGAUUAACUCUAAGAAAGAUUUUAACGUCAGCACCGUCAUUGAUUGUGCAUUUCCAAGUGUGAACGUGUCCUGGGUGUUUGGUGACAGUCAAACUCUGCCUCCAGUUAUUACCACUGAUGAUACUGAGUGUGAUUCUCCUCUAGUGAAGACCAUUGCUGUUCUUACGAUGAAUGGCAAAUCCAUGACUGGCCAUGUAAAUGUCUCGGUGAGAUUGAUUCAUCCAUCUUUUGAGAAUGGGAAUGAAGUGCUUGACAUACUGAUUGGAGCUGCUGACUUUCCGGUUGCUCUAACCAGUGUAUCAAUAUCUACCAAGCCAGCCAUGAUAGAGGCAGGUGUCGCAACUGUGCUGCAAUGUGUAACCAAUCCAGCCUUCCCAAUAGCUACCAUUAUGUGGAUUUUGGACAACACAAAUAUAACACAAGGAGUUACGAGCACAACUGAAAGGGUACAUGACAGUGGCUUUAUCACUACAAGUAACUUAACCAAAACCUAUGCCUCUAAAGACGAUGGAAAAACAUUAGUGUGUUCAGCCACCAAUGGCGAGUACACUGUCUCAUCUCCAGUUUUUCAACUUAGAAUCACAGGUAGGUUACUUGAGGUUCCAUAUACAGUGAAACCCCUCAAGACCGGACCCUCUUAAAAACGACAUUCUCCCAAUACCGGACAUUUUCCAUGGUCCUGUGAUUUAUGCAUUUUUUAAUAUUGAAGUCUAACUACGUAAACCGGAAACCUCUCUAAAGUGAACACUGGACACAUGAUUCAGUCACAAACUCUUUAUUUAGUAUAAAUUGUACCUGGACACUGGAACGAUCAGACUGUUAUCACUAAUUAUGGAGCCACUAAUUGUUGCGUUUACGGUCACUUUGCUGUCUUUGGUCGCUGCCAACAUGCAUUGUAACUAUUGCAAAAUGCAGAUGCUCAGGUUAGCCUUUAGGUGUGUAAUCGGCGUUAUAUAUGACUGGCUAUGGUCGUCAGAUAACAGUUAAGCAAUUAAUUAUCAGGGGCCGUAUGCAUUAGAGGCAGAUACAGCCACGUCUGAGUUUAGGGUUAAUGCUCGAAAAUAGGGUCAUUGGGCAACCCAAUAUAAAUAAAUUGUCAUACAAAUAAAUAUGAAAUGCAAAUGUAAUAUAGUGGAACUUUUUGGAUAUUCA